CCCAGCCGCUCUGGCCCCACCUCCCUCUCCGGCUAUUUGACAGUGCGCAGGCGCGGGUGCUGUCUCCUUCACUUCGCCCUUAAAGCCGGUGAGAGCUCCAGAGCCUGAGCAAAGAGCUAGGUAGAAUGGCUGUACCUCCAUCAUAUGCAGACCUUGGCAAGGCGGCCAGAGAUAUUUUCAACAAGGGCUAUGGGUUUGGUUUGAUAAAGCUUGAAGUCAAAACCAAGUCACAAAGUGGAGUGGAAUUUACAACUUCAGGUUCAUCCAACACUGAAAGUGGUAAAGUAUCUGGAAGCUUGGAAACCAAGUACAAGUGGUCUGAAUAUGGCCUCACGUUUACAGAGAAGUGGAACACUGACAACACUUUGGGCACAGAGAUUGCAAUUGAAGAUCAGCUUGCCAAAGGUCUAAAGUUGACGUUUGACACCACCUUUUCACCUAACACUGGCAAGAAGAGUGGCAGAGUAAAGACUGCCUACAAGCGUGAAUAUAUCAACCUGGGCUGUGAUGUAGAUUUUGACUUUGCAGGCCCUGCAAUCCAUGCUUCAGCAGUUGCUGGUUAUGAAGGAUGGCUUGCUGGUUAUCAAAUGUCCUUUGACACGGCCAAGUCAAAGCUGACCCAGAACAACUUUGCAGUUGGCUACAAAACUGGUGAUUUCCAGUUGCACACUAAUGUGUAAGUUCUGCUAUUGCUAUGAUACU